AUGAACCGUACUUAUGAAUCGAUUGAAUUUGAAUUUAGCGAUCCCACAUCGAUGUCGGACAUUAACGAGAACUGGAAUUUAUGGAGAGACACUUUCCUUGCUGUAGCUGACGAAUGUAUUCCAACAAAGAUUGUAAAAGGAAGAUACAAUCCACCAUGGUUGACUGGUGAGAUUAAAUCAUUGAUCAAAAAGAAAGAAACACUACGGCGAAAAGUCCAUCGCGGAACAAAUUCUGCUGCACUUGUAUACAGAAAUACAAGAAUCUCCGCCGUACAUCAAAGAGAGUCGGGAAAAUUUCUUUUGUUCCCUAAGUUAAGCUCUACCAUCCAAUCCGAAACUGUUCUGGUCAUUUUUUAAAACAACCACUAAAUCCAGCCGUAUUCCACAGCAAGUUUCCCUCGCGACAAACAACGCAGACGUCUCACGCUUAGAUUUCACUAGUCUAAAACAAGCUGAAGAAAUGUUCAAUGAUUAUUCCACUCAGUAUUUCUAACAGAAGGUGAUGAUAUUUCAAUCCCCACCUCACCUGUAUGCGAAGAGACUAUUUCUGACAUUAUUUUAGACCCAAGUGAAGUAUAUGACGUUCUUCCUUACCUCGAUCCUAGCAAAGCAUCUGGUCCAGAUAAUAUACCAAUCCGCUUACCAGAAUAAUGUGCGCACUCCAUCACUUGAUAUCCGUUGCACAGCAUCAAACGCGUCAAUCUAUCCCAAAAAGUGGGGAGGGGGGACGUACUACAAACUAGGAAGGUCCGGAGGUAUCCUACCCGACAUUUUUUCUAAAUUUUGGUACACUAAAACGGUAUUCCCAGCGUUUUGUGGAGGCACUUAUAAAGUUAUAUUACAAUGUGCAUGAUCUUAAAUCCAUGUUUAACCAUGUGAGUAAUCCGCUAAAAACCAACAUGUCCUAGCCUGUGAACAGACGUUACUCUCGACGAAGCCUAACAUGUCCUCACCUGCUCACCCCUAUUUCAAUGCUAAUAAUCUAUUAAAUUAAACAUUUGCUUUAUUUUGAGGAUAAUCAUCUAAAGGAAACUCAGUUAAAACGCAAUUAUUUUUAAGUAUUUACAAUUUUACAUAAUCUACAUAUGCGAUCAUGUCAGUAUUUGCUCCCAGGGACUACAGAAAGAUCAUACGUUGUACUUCUUAUUAAAUGUCUUCCUUUCAAUCACAUUUUUUGAUGAACAGCAUACCAUGCAUUAGGUUUUUAGAUAACCAAGAAACAAAAUUUCAUUAAACAUGAGAGGAAAGUCUUGCACAGGUCAGCUCAUUUCCGUUCUUCACCGGAUCAGUCAAAACCUGGAUUCAGGGAAACAAACAGAUAUUUUGUAUUUCGAUGUUGCUAAAGCGUUUGGCACGGUAAAUCAUAACCUUCUUUUAAAGAAACUCCAACGAUUUGGACUUAAGGGACAAUAUUUUAACGUGGUUUAAAAGUUAUUUAUCCGGACGUCAACAGCGCGUUCUAGUCAAUGGUGAGAUUUCAGAGACACGUCCAGUUUCUUCCGGCGUUCCGCAAGGAUCAAUACUCGGACCACUCCUGUUUCUCAUCUACAUAAACGACCUUCCUGAAUCAAUAACCUCACCCGCUGUUGACGUUUCCUUGUUUGCCGACGUCACAAAAUUCAUCUCAGUUGUUGAAUCACCGGCUGACGCCUGUGUCCUUCAAGCUGAAGCGAGAAACGUGGAGAAAUGGGCUGAGUUUUGGAGGCUCAAAUUCAAUGCCGAGAAAUGCAAAGUUCUGAGCAUUACGAGAGAACGUCAUCCUCUUGUUGCUGAAUACAUUGUCAACGGUAAAACUUUGCAGCAUGUUUCCUCCCAGAAAGACCUCGGAGUGACGGUUUGUUCAGAUCUCAGAUGGAACACUCAUAUUUACGUGCAAGUUACGAAAGCCAACCGCCUGCUUGGUGUGCUCAAAAGUUCGACUAUCAAGGUUAAAAACGUAAAUACCCGACGCUGUCUCUACCUUACACUUGUGAGAUCCCAUCUUGCUUAUGCCUCACAAGUGUGA